AUGACCUAUGUGAUCGACCCGAGGUAUCGACCUAUGCAGACGGUUGUCCACAACGCACCAACCGCUUACCAGGUUGCAGCCGCUUAUCAUGCUGGAGUCCAAGUGAACCCACAGCAGGCCGGAAAAUAUUUCAAUCGGAAAACUCCAUUAAAUGGCCCUAUUCUCGAAUUUAGCAGGACAUCCCUUGCAGACAUCGUUAAAAGCCGCAAACCGAACGUAGGAAAGGCGCCUGCGAAAGAAGAAGACGUUGAAAGUGUUGACUCAGAGGACGAGAUUCAAAAUCAAGAAGAAGACUGCCCUGAAGAAUUGGAUGUAUUUGAUGAUGGUAGUGAAACUGAAGAAGAAAACCUUGAAGACGAACUCGAAAAUGAUUUUGAAGUGGAUGUGGUACAAGCUGAAAGCCCGAAUGGCUUUUGUGCAGACGUGGAUGUUGCUUCUGCAAACGAUCAGGCCGAAGAUGACGAAUCUUGGAAUAUUGAUGAUAUUGUGGAUAUGAAGGCUUCGGGAAUCACGAAGCGUAAAGGAGACAAACACGAUGAAGAUGUGCAACCGGUUGAAAAGAAAGUAAAACUCAAGCUUAAACUUACCAAGGCCACCGCCGAACCGCAGGAUCAUCAGGAAGAUAAUAGUGGUGGUUUGCGUAAAUCAAAGCGUAAGAGAGCGUAA